CAAGACGGUGGUGAUAUGAGCACACCAUAACCCCGCGGUGUAUUACCCUACAACAUCGGAGACUUCUAAACAGCAACCAAUUGGAUAACCAAUUGAUGAGCCCACUUUGUUCAUGAUAUCAAUAUCUUAGAAGAUCUUAUAGGUGAUAAUAAAGCUGUGGAUAUGUGGCAGAUUAAUCAAGCGUAGUAAUUUGAGUAACUCAAAGUUGUUGCUUCAGUACUUUAGGUUGUCAACUAUGAUUGCCUCAGGCUGAGUAUGGAUGGGCCUGUGCCAUUCUAAAGCAGCGAUAUAACAUUGUCUUCCUCUAUGAUCAACGAUUAUCAGCCACAAGAACACACGCAAACCGCAACACAUAUUGGAAAGGAUGCCUCAAGAUCCGAAUUUAUACGGUCAGCGACCAGUCAAGAAACAAAAGCGAGAUGCAACAUUAACCAGGUCGCUCGACUUCACUGCUCAACUGACAUCACUGAUGUCAAAUAAUUCAUCAGGGGCGACAUCUGCUGGCCGCGCACGACCUCGGAAAGAAGGAAAAGAUGACAUUUUCAAAGGGACAAAACCAAAACGAAGCAAAGGGUCUGAUGCAUCAAAGAAACUGGAGCUGAAGGAGGUCACUGGCACAGAGGAGGAAACUCAGGAGUUGGCGCGAGCGAAGCGCAGAAUGGAGGAAAAAGCACGACUAUACGCUGCAAUGAAGCGAGGAGAUUACGUGCCAAAAGAGAAUGAAGCAGCGCCCUUAAUAGACUUCGAUCGCAAAUGGGCGGAAGGAGAAGAAGGGAAGGAAGAUUAUGAGACAAGCAGCGAUGAAGACGGAGCCGACGACAGCGGCGAAUUGGUCGAGUAUGAAGAUGAGUUUGGCCGUCUACGAAAAGUUACCAAAGCAGAGAAGGACAGAUUAGAGCGCAGAGCGCGCCGAGGUCUACUAGGAGCCGAAGAGCUCGAGCGCAUGUCUGCAAGACCAGCAGCACCCAGCAAUCUCAUCGUCGGCGACGCGAUCCAGUCUAUGGCCUUCAAUCCCGAUGACCCGGAGAAGAUGCAAGAGCUGGCGCGGAAGCGAGACCGUAGCGCAACGCCGCCGCCAGCGCAACACUACGACGCAGACUGGGAGAUCCGCACGAAAGGCACGGGAUUUUUCAAGUUCAGCAAGGACGAAGAGACUCGAACGGCGGAGAUGGAGGGGCUCGCGGAAGAGCGCCGCAAGACGGAAGAGCAGCGUCGGGCCCGAGAGGAGCAGAAGGAGGCUAGGAGACGGGAGAUUGAGAAGCGGAGGGAGGAUAUGGCGGCACGGAGGGCCAAGAAACAGGCUGAUUCCUUCUUGGACAGGCUAGGGAAUUAAUGGCUGGUGGUUCGCUGAGGAAUCAAGUAUUGGAGGUUGAAAUUGAGAAGAUAUUCCGUACAACGGAAUUAGAACAUGGACAACAUCGAGCGAUAUCCCAAUGUGGUGGCUCCGCAAAACACCAAGCCAAGAAGCUUAUACGAAUUGGGUCGGCAUUUGCGCGUCCGAAGUACAUGAACAACCUUGAAAAAGGCUCAAGAUGCUUGGUAAGAAAGUAAGAUACCAUCCACUUCUUGUCUAGACUAGCUUUGCGCAGCGCCUUAGCCCGUGAUAGGAUCCCAUAGUUUACAAUUCAAUGAGGGUGUUGUCAAAUGUUGGGAACUCAAUUGAGAACCAGGAACAUGAUACGGAUACGCAGACAGGGCAGGAAAGAUAGCGAAUUGAUGGGACAUUCCCAUGUAUGCGCUGUGGAAAGGCAGAAUAGCAAUACGAGUGGGCUGAAUCCAGUCUGAAUCCUUCG